CCUUUAAAUCUGGAUUGGAUCUCUGUGGUCCCUCAAAGUUUCCAUCAGACCUGAAGGCAACAGUUCACAUUUGAAAAGAAGAACCGGAAAGGAAAUAAUUCAUAAUGGUUUGGAAAAGCACACUUGUUGCUAUUUUGAUUCUUCAGCUAUUUACCUGGGGAGGUGGACAGAACAUUGACCCUGAUGCACUUCUGAAAUUAAGCUUUCCUCCAGCCAAACCUACGCUCAGUAACCUCAAUGCAGUUUGUCUUUAUGGCAACGGCCGUGCAAGAUACCCUGCCAGCUGUUUUCCUUCUUCAGGUUAUGCUUACGCUCGUCGAGCCGGAAAUACAGUAAACAGAUUAGAGGUAUGGUUUGGUCAGUGCUGCUUUGGGGGCGUGGCCACAGGCAAAGGACAGAUCCUUUGCUGUGCCAAACAGGCGUGGGAAACUACCCUUACCCAGUUCUGUAUCGAUGAGUUCUCAACCAUGACCCUAGCCCAUGAAUGCUGUGAAGUGAAAGGGGAAGACAGGUGGAAUUGCUUUAACAAACAGGCUGCUAAUCCUCUAUAUCAGCCCCUUCCUGGAUUCACUGCCCCACUGAUACCACCAGACAGGAUUUUCAAUUGGGACCCUAAUACCUGUUAAAGGUCUGGUUGCUAAAUGAAAAUUGUGAUUAGAAGUAUAUUUCAUAUGAAAACCUGAUCAUUUAGUUUUACAGUAUUACAGUAUUAAUCAUUUGCAUCUCUAGAGUAAAACAGUGUUAAAAUAUCAUGUUUUAAUGAAUUCUGUUUACAUUUUGAAUGUAUAAUUAUGUCUCAUUUAAAAAUAUGCAAAAUUUUGAGACAAAAACUGUUGCUUCUGAGUGUCAUUUUUUACUCUACAGUAAAAGUUUUGCAAUGGUGAUGUAUUAGACAAAGGUUUUGAAUAAACCAAUGCAGAUCGGCUGA